GUGGUUGCUGGGAAUUGAACUCAGGACCUCUAAAGGAAUAAUCAGUGCUCUUAACCACUGAGCCAUGCCUCCAGCCUCCUUGACAUUGUUUUAAUUGUACGAAAACCUCAAGAUAUGCAAACUGAAAAUUCUCCUAGAAUAUGCUGGAGAUUCUGACUGGAAAUAAUAAUUGGGAAUUCAUUAGUAGAUUCCUCUAAUUUAUAUGCUUCUCAUGUUCUUUGCACAGUUCUGUGUUAGAUGUCUGUAUUGUUGCUAAAAGUUAUAGCAUGCAUUGUGGACAACCUCACAGAGUAAUUGGAUAAAUUGUAUGCAGAGUAGGCUUGAUCAUCUAUCUGGGGCAAAUGAGAUUGUCCUGGAAGGUUGAGAAAAUGUAGUAGCCAAAAUCUGGGAGGGCAAGUGAAUGAGCAGGACAACAGUGAAGGAUUCAAGUGAAAGAGAAAGCAAGAGCUGAAACUGCCUUUACUGUACUUAAUUCUCUUCAAAGGACUCCUGAUCCUUGCACUUACUACAGUCUCCUGUCCUCAACAUGCAUCCUGCCCACUGUAACUCUUAGAAGACAUUGUGACUCAUUAGACCUGAAUAUGGGGAGUUAAUACUAGUACAAUGCACAAUUUUACUUGACUAUGUUGGCAUCAGAUUGGAAUAAUUUUACAAAUUAUAAGUCUAAUAGAACUACUGCAUAUGUGAUACUGUCCAUCAACCUGUGAGGACUGAAAAGGAGUCUUGUCCAUGUAAUGAGCUCAACGAAAUGCUUCAUGAACCCUCCAACUGUGCACUUUAUAAUAGAAGUGACACUACAGAAGCCUCUAACAACUACAGAUGCUGUAAUGAGAAGGAUGCCUCUGUUGACUCAUCAAACGCAGAUAGACACAAAAGUAUGCACAUCGGAGAAGAAGACACUUGCCAAUCUAAAGACUGUGAGAAAUCUUUCAAUUUGUGUUCCAACAUUCGGCAAUAUCAAAGACUCAACACUGAAAAGAAAGAGCACAAGCAGGAUGAACAUGAUGACCAUUUCAGCUCUCUAUAUAGUCUCAUGCAAGAAACAGUUGACAUGGAAGAAAAGCCAUAUCAAUGUGGGCACUGCAGGAAAUACUUCAGUACCACCUCAAGCCUCAGUAUCCAUCAGAGAAUUCAUACUGGAGAGAAACCUUACAAAUGCAAUAUUUGUGGCAAAUCCUUUAAUCAGUGGUCAAGCCUUAAAACAGAUCAAACACUGCAUACGGCAAAGAAACCAUACAAAUGCAAAGAAGGUGGAAAGUUACUUGUGCAGUUAUCUGCACUUAAAAGCCAUCAGAGAAGGCAUACUGGAGAGAAGCCUUACAAAUGUCAGCAGUGUGACAGAUCCUUUGCCCACUGUGCAUCAUUAAGAUGGCAUCAGAAAAUUCAUUCUCCUGAGAUACAUUAUGAAUGCAAAGAAUGUGGUAAGUCCUGUUUUGAAUUAUCACAUCUUAAAAGGCAUUGCAGAAUCCAUACUGCCGAAAAGCCUUACAGAUAUGAGGUAUGUGAUACAUCUAUUACUGUGAAUUCAACUCUUAAAACUCAUCAUAAAAUUCAUACCAGAGAGAAACCUUACAGAUAUAGGGAAUGUGACAAAUCUAUUACCAAGUGCUCAUAUCUUAGAACAUAUCAGAGAGUUCAUACUGGAAAGAGACCGUAUAGAUGUACAGAAUGUGACAAAUUUUUUACUAAGCACUCAAAUCUUAGACAACAUCAGAAAAUUCAUACUGGAGAGAAACCUCCCAAGUGCAAAGAUUGUGAUAAAUCCUUUCUCCGGAUUUCUAGUGUUAGAAUACGUCAGAAAAUUCAUGCUGGAGAGAGACGUUAUCGAUGUAAGGAAUGUGGCAGAUCUUUUACCUGGUUCUCAAAUCUUAGAGUCCAUCAGCGAGUUCAUACUGGAGAGAGACCUUACAGAUGUAAGGAAUGUGGCAAAUCUUUUACUACGGGCUCAAAUCUUAGAGUCCAUCAGAAAAUUCAUACUGGAGAGAAACCUUACAAAUGCAAAGACUGUGACAUAUCCUUUCUGUGGAUUUCAAAUCUUAGAACACAUCAAAAAAUUCAUACUGGUGAGAAACCUUACAAAUGCCAGGAAUGUAACAAAUCUUUCACAAGGUGCUCAUAUCUUAGAGACCAUCAGAAAAUUCAUACUGGAGAGAAACUUUACAAAUGCAAAGACUGUGACAUAUCAUUUAUGUGGAUAUCAAGUCUUAGAAGACAUCAGAAAAUUCAUACUGGAGAGAAACCUUACAAAUGUAGAGGAUGUGAGAAAUCCUUUACUCAGUGUUCAACUCUAAGAGACCAUCAGAAAAUUCAUACUGGAGAGAAACCUUACAAAUGCAAAGACUGUGGCAUAUCCUUUUUGUGGAUUUCAAGUCUUAGAAGACAUCAGAAAAUUCACACUGGAGAGAAACCUUACAAAUGCAAAGACUGUGACAUAUCCUUUCUGUGGAUUUCGAAUCUUAGAACACAUCAGAAAAUUCAUACUGGAGAGAAACCUUACAAAUGUCAAGAAUGUAACAAAUCUUUUACUAGGUGCUCCUAUCUUAGAGUCCAUCAGAGAACUCAUUCUGGAGAGAAACUUUACAAAUGCGAAAACUGUGACGUAUCCUUUAUGUGGAUUUCGAAUCUGAGAAGACAUCAGAAAAUUCAUACAGGAGGAAAACAUUCCCUUGUAAAUAAUGUGACAUAACAUAUAUCUGGUAUUCUCUGCUUGCAAAUCAAAUGAGAUAAGUGAUUGCAACAUAAAGAUAACAUAACUAGAUGGUUAAAGCCUUUAAUGAGGAUUGAAAUCUUACAAAAUGAAUCAGAGUUUAUAUUAAAAUAAAAUUCUGCAAAUGUAACUGUGGGGAAAGCUUUUUAUUUCUUUUAAUAUGUAUGCCUGGCCUGUAAGUAUUUCUGUGUACUACAUGUAUGCCUGGCGCACGUAUAAGCCAAAAGAGAGCAUCAGAUCCCCUGAAGUUGGCAUUAUAUACAGUUGUGUGUAGCUGUUUAUAUGUUGGGAAUUGAACUCUUAUCCUCUGGAAUUGCAGCCAGUGCUCUUAACUACUGAGCCUUCUCUGCCAUCCCUGAGAAAAGCUAUAACAAAAACAUAUAGCUUAUUCAACAUCCAACCAUUCAUAAUAAUGACAGGUAAAAUGGUACAUGCCUUUAAUCACAGCACACAGAAGACAGAGAUCACUGUGAAUCCAGUUCCAGGACUUCCCGAACUACAUAGACCCUUUCUCAGAAAAAAAAAAAAAUCAUAGUAAGGACAACAUGCAAUAAUGUUAAAAUUUUGACAAAGAUAUGCAAUUGUACUAUACAUCAUAUAGUUCAUACUUCUGAUAAACCAUGUAAAGGUUUCUUUCUCUCUUUUCCUUCCUUCCUUUCUUUCUCUUUCUCCCUUCCUUCCUUUCUUUUUUUCCCUUCCCUCCUUCUUUCUGCCUGCUCUCUCUCUUUGAAUAUAGACACUGAUUUUUCAAAGUUGAUUUGUUGGUUUUCAUUCCCUCAGCAGUAUUUGACCACUUGUUUUAUGCCAACAGGAAUUAUCAUUUCUAGUCCUGAUGAUGGAUGGCCACUGUAGCUAUGGCAGCAUGGUAGCUUAUAGGAGUUCUUUUAUAUAUUUCACUGAUAAGUUUACAAACUGUUUUGUUUAUUUUAGUUUUUCUUUAGGUUUGUUGAAAUAUUUUUCCUUCAUUUAUUUUAUCUUUUCUGCUUUUUUUGUACUGUAAAAUUUUAAGAUAUUAGUGUAAAUACAAAAUGUUUCCAUUCCCUUUCCUACUGACAAAUUUUCCCAUAUAUUCUUCCCUGCUUUCUUUUAAGGUCAUGGCUUCUCGUUUUAUUAAUUGUGAUUGUAUGCAUAAUAUGUAUGUAUGUAUGUAUAAGAUAUGUAUUGCUGGGGUUCAGGAGUUGUCCCACAAACCACAUGAACACCAAUCUCAGUCAGACAUGUACAGUUUAUUGUACACAAUUAAACUGAUCAUCGUGGCAAAAGUUUCAGACUGGA